AUGAAGCAGAGGUUGUCUUCACUGUCGAUGGACACGGUUCGGACGCAAAGUGCAAACGUAUUCAACACAUUGCAAGGUUUCAAGCCCUACCAGGAAGCCCAAACUAUCAGCGUCUACCUGUCCAUGCCCGCUGCCGAGAUUCAGACUGACGCUAUCGUUCGUCACGCGCUGAGCCAGGGGAAGCAGGUCUUCAUCCCAUACCUGCACAAAUCACCGCUGCAGAUCCCAGAUACACCCUCUCGGGUCAUGGACAUGGUACUGCUCGAGAGCAUACAGGACUAUGAAAGUCUACAGCCAGACAAAUGGGGGAUUCCAAGUGUCGACCCAGCCACAGUCAACAGCAGGCAGCGGAUCCUGGGCCGACCCGAGGCUCACAGCGACAAGGUCUCGACACUGGAUCUGAUGCUUCUCCCUGGUGUGGCAUUCGACUACGACGCGUCAGGCGGCGUACGUCGCCUUGGCCACGGCAAGGGUUUCUACGAUUUCUUCCUGAACCGCUACCUAGCGCAGCAUGGGUUACACGCAGACGAUGACUCUUCGUUGCAGCUUUGGGGCCUGUCCCUAUCCGAGCAGCUGUUGGCUCCGGGUUCUGGCGAGGAAGUCCCAGUUGGACCGCAAGAUAGACGCCUGCACGGUCUGCUCCUGGGUGACGGGCGGGUCAGUGAGUCUGGCUCACAAGUGUAA